UCCAACUUGGUAUAUGGAGCACCCUCCCUCGACGCCUCAGCUCUUCCUCCCCGGUGCAGCAUAGCCCAUUUUUGCUCUAUUCUGUGUGAUAACUUGUGGUUUGUGCAGCAAAAUCUCUGCCUCGCAUCCCCGGGAGUACAAUGGCAGCUAUGGCAGCACAAGCUUCUCUCGUGAGCAGCCCCGCGAGCUUGGGAGCGUCUAGCUCCGUGGCCAGGACCGGCGAGCAGGGUGUGAAGUUGCAAAUGGCAGUGCGCGGUCCCGUGUCGCUGAGGUUGAGGUCGCAGCCGAAGAGGUCGGUGGUGACUAGGGCCGCAGUGCUCUCCGCGGACUUGGAGGAGAUGCUGGAGAAGGUCAAGAACAUGACCCUUGCCGAUGCGAAAUCCUUCACUGACCGGUUGCAGGAGGAUCUCGGCAUUACAGCUAUGUCGUUCGCCCCCUCUGGUGCUGCUCCUGCUGCCGCUGGCGCUGGCGCUGAGGCCGCAGCCGCCGUGGAGGAGAAGACCGAAUUCAACCUGGUCAUGGAAGAAGUUCCAUCUUCGGCCAGGAUUGCUGUCAUCAAGGCAGUGAGGACAUUGACCUCCUUGGGAUUGAAGGAAGCUAAGGAUAUGAUUGAAGGUUUGCCGAAGAAUGUGAAGGAGGGAGUUAGCAAGGAGGACGCUGAGGAGGCGAAGAAGGCCUUGGAGGCUGCUGGAGCCAAAUGCAGCAUCAAGUAAGCUUGAUCACUGGUGGCAGGUUGUAGGUUUUUCUCAGGUAGUGAUCAGUCUUCUGCUGUCUGUGAGUAAACGGCAGAUUGUUCUGUUCUUGAACUUUGCUGGAUGUAGGAUUAUCCUUGGAAGGUGAAUCAUCUAAGGCAUAUUGAUGCCAUGGUUACUAGCCGAAUAGAUUGAUUCUUAGGGUGUAACUUUCCAUUCCGAACUGAUUAAUUUAAAUCGGAUGUAACUUUCCAUGCCGCAUUGUCAA